GUCUUAAGCGGCAGGCACUUCUAUCUUAUGCCUUCAGCGACGACGACGAACACCCAAUUGAAGUGACUCAACACAUAAUCAACAUAUAUACGAGGAAUUGAUUGUAGUAGAAUCUCUAAACCCUAGUUCAAAAACAGGAAUUUCUAGCGCGGCCAAACCCAGUUAUGGCGACGAUGGUCGACAACAAAGCAUUAACAAGCAAGCGCUUCUCUGAACUCAAACCUCCUCUCUCACAAACUGUCCUUGACACCUUGACCAAUUCGGGAUUUGAAUUCUGCACUCCAGUUCAAGCCGCCACUAUUCCCCUUCUCUGCAGUUUCAAGGACGUGGCCGUUGACGCUGCUACCGGUUCUGGUAAAACCCUAGCCUUCAUUGUCCCCCUCUUUGAGAUCCUCCUCCGUUCCUCCACUUCCCCUAAGCCUCACGAGGUAAUGGGCAUUAUAAUAUCACCUACGAGAGAGUUGUCGAUGCAAAUAUACCAGGUAGCGCAGCUUUUUAUUUCUACAUUGCCAAAUGUUAAGUCUGCACUUCUUGUCGGGGGAGUGGAUGUUAAAUCAGACAUGAAGAAGAUUGAAGAAGAAGGUGCAAACUUGCUCAUUGGAACACCUGGUAGGCUAUUUGACAUCAUGGAACGCAUGGAUAUAUUGGACUUAAAGAACUUUGAGAUAUUAAUUCUAGACGAGGCGGAUAGGCUGUUGGAUAUGGGGUUUCAGAAGCAAAUCAUGACAAUUAUAUGUCAGCUACCAAAGCUUCGGAGAACCGGCCUUUUUUCUGCUACACAGACGGAUGCAGUCGAAGAUCUAUCCAAAGCAGGAUUAAGGAAUCCCGUGAGGGUUGAAGUUCAAUCACAAACAAAAUCUGUCAUGGAUUCCUCAUCAUCCAAAUCAUUACCCUCUUCAAGGACACCAUCUGGCCUCCUUCUUGAAUAUCUAGAAUGUGAAGCAGAGAAUAAACCAUCUCAGCUUGUUGACAUCAUUGUGAAGAAUAAGUCCCAAAAGAUUAUAGUUUAUUACAUGACCUGUGCUUGUGUUGAUUAUUGGGGGCUUGUUCUUCCAAAACUUUCUGCUCUAAAGGGUCUUUCACUGAUUCCUCUUCAUGGAAAGAUGAAGCAGGCAGUAAGAGAAAAAGCAUUAAAUUCGUUUACAUCACUUUCAAGUGGCGUUCUGCUAUGUACAGAUGUUGCUGCACGCGGGCUUGACAUUCCAGGCGUCGAUUGCAUAGUACAGUAUGACCCUCCUCAGGAUCCAAACGUAUUCGUACAUAGAGUUGGACGAACAGCACGAAUGGGACGUCAAGGAACUUCAAUUGCCUUUCUUUUGCCAAAGGAGGAAGAAUAUGUAGAGUUCUUGCGAAUAAGAAGGGUUCCACUUGAAGAAAGAAAAUACAUUGAAGCUCCCGAUGUUGUUCCUCAAAUACGGUCUGCUGCAAAAAAGGAUCGUGAUGUGAUGGAGAAAGGACUGAGAGCAUUUGUUUCUUACAUACGUGCUUACAAGGAGCACCAUUGCUCUUAUAUUUUCAGAUGGAAAGAACUUGAGAUUGGGAAAUUGGGAAUGGGUUUUGGUCUGUUGCAGCUUCCAUCAAUGUCUGAGGUGAAGAUCAAUUCACUUUCUAUUGAAGGCUUUACUCCAGUUGAAGACAUUAAUUUGCAGGAGAUUAAAUUCAAGGAUAAAUCUAGGGAGAAACAAAGGAAGAAGAACUUGGAAUUGAAGAAAAAUAAUCCACGAGAGCCAAGGGUCCAGAAAUCCAAGGCAUCAUCAUCAGCAAAUGGUCCUGCUUCAGUUAUGAAGAAGGAAACAGCGAAGAAAAGGCGUGCUGUUCAGUCGGUGGAAGAUGAUGACGAGAUGGCUCGUGAGUAUAGCUUGCUGAAGAAGCUUAAGAAAGGAGCAAUCGAUGAAAGCCAAUUUGCGAAAUUGACAGGAACUGAAGAGUUACUUUGAAGAAGAAGGAAGAUUCGUGAUAGCAUUUUUGGGGAUCUGAUGUUUUGCAAAUGACUCAAGGAAACAGUGAAACUCAGAUUUAGCAGUCGACGACGAGGACAGUUUUUUUCCGGUAAGACAUGUUUGCCUAAUAAGGUGAACAAAAUGAUGUACAGGUAACUACUAACUCAUCAAGUGUGGCUCAAUAGAGUUUUUUAGAUCAAGUUUUGUAGUUUAU